UGUGUCACACAACUCAUUUGUUGCAAAUAAAGAAUCUUAACGGAUCUAAAUAUCAACUACAGGUGUAACACAAGUGAAAAAGGCAACAUUAUAUUAUUUGAUACGCUGAGCUGUAACAAUCUAUCGAACGGAACUUUUAUUACUUCUUUGCGUGUUUUUCUAUAUAUUGUCGUUGGAUUUUUCAACACUCACAGUAAAACUAUGAUAUCGCCGGCAGUCACUCCAGCAUCGGAUAUGGGAGUUCAACAGAAGCCGUUCCAUCGGCCUGGAUUCCCAACGGAAUACCCGACCAUUCCGUCCCCAAUAGAGCGCGGACAGAGUUGUCCUACUUCGCCGUCAUCCCCCUGUUCGACAGUUUCAGAACACGAUUCAAGUUUAGAGAAGACGACACCGACGGAUUCAGAUCAUUCCGACGACGGUGACAAAGAUACUUUGGGGACGCACUACUACAGAAAUCCAAACGUUGACACAGAUUUGUCCAACCUUGAUAAUGGCGUGAGGCGCUACAGGACAGCCUUCACCAAAGAACAAAUCAACACAUUGGAGAGAGAAUUUAACAAAGAAAAUUAUGUAUCAAGACCAAAACGAUGUGAACUCGCAAAACAACUGAAUCUUCCAGAAAGUACUAUUAAGGUCUGGUUCCAAAAUCGCCGUAUGAAGGACAAGCGUCAAAGAAUGGCUGUUACGUGGCCAUACGGAAUUCCUCCAGAUCCACAAAUCUAUGCGUAUCUCGCUGCAGCCGCCGCAUCGUAUCCAUACGCUUUACCAAAUCCAGCCACAGUAUCGUAUCCAUCACUUCCACUUCCGGGACUAUAUCAGUCACAAACUUCAUCGGCUUUUUCGCCAUUGGCACCACAGAACCCACUUAAACCAAUGUUCGAUACUUUACCUCCUUUUCCCGGGUCACUGAGUGCUUCGUCUGCUUUAGACAGGCUAUCAUCAGCAACAUCCGAAGCUACCUCAAUUGACUCAUCAUUAGCUCAGAGAUACAAAACGGAGAACCCAGCUUUGGGGGCAAUACCUUCUAUCACAGGACUUAAAUCUGGAUGUCCGUGUGGUCUUCCAACUUGUUCGUUAUCAACUGGGCUUCACCCGAGCUUUCCGACAUCUAUACCCAGCAGCUUUCACCCGGGACUUCAUCCAUCACUAACAACAUCAAUUUCAACUGGAUUAAUGUCUGCACCAUUGAAUCCACUUUUCCAAAAAGCAGAACUUACCAAACAUUAAAGUUUUCAUGUAGGACUUAUUUUGUUUUCAUUUGGGACUUACGAUUCUAAACGACAAGUCAAUAAAAUGCACGAUGUUAAAACAGACGGUUUUUUGAGUAAAGUACGAAUAUUUUAAGAUAAUAUAUACAUGUUUGAACUUGAUUUUAUUUUUGCAUUUGAACGUUUCAAUUAUAGAUCAAAAAUAUGUUCUUAUCCAAAUAGCUUACAUGAAUUAAAAAAUGUCUGUAGACAUUCCAUAAAAUGAAGGAAUCUUGACAAUGCUGUAUAUAGACUUCGCUUUUAUAGUUUUAUUUGUUAGUUAUUUCUUUAAGAUAAUUGCAGGGAGACACAAAUUUGUACAGUUAUCUGAUUUAUAUUAUUUUUGUUAUUGCAAGAAACAGAUUUCUUUUAUAAAUAAAUGUAUUCAAAUCACAA